AUGUUACCACAUAUUCAAGAUAUCACUCCAUCAGACGCAAUACGUAGUUUACUACCACACCCAAAUGGCACAUAUAUUGUACGACGUUCAACAUCAAAUGAUGAGAUAAUUGAAAAGAUUGAUUACAAAAGGAAUUCAGAGGUAGAACCUUCUACCUUUACAUCUCCUUCUCUUAUCUUAUCAGUACGUGUCGAUGAGACUGUCUAUAAAAAUCAUGUACGUCACUAUGGAUUAUGUUGUACUGAUCCAAAUAUUCUUGAGGAUAUAUUAAAAAAAUAUAAGCAAAAGCAAUGUUCGCCUAAAAUUAGGCCAUUUACACCAUUAAAAAAGGAAUUGGUUGUUCCGCCAAACGAUGCAGAGUGGCGUAUAGAUCAAAAACAUAUUCAUGAUAUUGAUUUUGGUCGAUUACUUAAUCCAGGUCAACAUAAUUCUGGAAUAUCUACAGCAAUCUGGAAAUGUCGUGAUCAACAUGAUAUCAAAGUAUUUAUCAAACGUUUCAAAAAAGAACAAUCGCAUUUCAAUCAAGAACUUUCUUUGUUAAAAGGUUUAUGUUAUCCCCUUAUCAUUACAUGUUAUGGACAAUAUUCCGAUAAAGAGUAUAGUUAUUUAGUAUUUGAAAACGGUGGAGAAUCAUUAGAAUCUCGUUGUCGGCGAAAACAAUUAUCAGCCACAAACAACUGGAAAUUUAUAGCAAAUGUUGGUUUUCAAGUUGCUAGUGCUAUGAUAUAUCUGAGAGAAAAAAAUAUUGUUCAUCGAGAUUUGACGGCAGGUAAUGUUCUUAUAAAUUCACAUAAUCAUGUACGUAUUGCUGAUUUUGGUCAUGCAUUUAAAAAGGAAGAAGGAACAAAUACUCUCGAACGAGCAACAACAACUAACGGAGAAAAAUUUCAAUAUCGUUUUCUUCCACCAGAAUGUUUACCUGGUUCAAAAAGAAAAGAACCGAAUGAACCAACCACGAUUCCUUCAGAAAAUAUUUGUGCAAAAUUUACGAAUAAAAGUGAUGUUUGGUCGUUUGGUAUCGUAAUAAUACAAAUGAUGCUUCCCAAUCCAAGCAAACCAUAUCCGCUUAUCGAAGAUGACACAGAUAUACCAAAAUAUGUUAAAAGCGAUGCAAAAAUUCAUCCACAACCAGAUGAGUGUCCGGAGAAUAUGUAUGCAGUACUUCGACUUUGUUGGGAUUACGACGCCAAGGACCGUAUUUCAUUUGAUGAAAUUCGAGAACGAAUGUUAAAAUUAGAGGCAGUUUAUUUAUGA